ACUGUGUUGGGAUUAUCUACUGGUGAACUUUUCUAAUUAUUAUGAUACAUAAGUUUCCUAUGUUUACUGUCUUUUUAAUGAUCAAUAAGCCACAAUUUCAUAAUAUGAGUUGAAUUAAAAAAUUUGUGGUAUCAAAAGUUGAAAUACGCAAGAGAGUUAUUUUUACUUAGAUACCGUUGUUCCCUUCAAACCCAUGUUUAGAGAAAAUUUGAAUUUACUCAAGUAACCAAUCGUUGUCAAGGCAAUUUUAGGCACCAUCAUCCCCGCGAUAUGUCGGCCAACGUGGCCAUUGAGUAUGAAUCGCCGGGCUGUUCGCCAAAGGACAGAGUGCUCUGCAUUCUGCAGUCAAGGACUUCUAAGGAACGCUUACACCAACAUGACGCGUCGUACGAGAGCGUGCAGUGCUUUCCUCUGGCGUCGUUGCUGCUGGCCCUCAACUACACCAACUUACUUGGUUAAGAUACGGCGCAGCACCGACGAAGAUGUUGAAGAUGCGAUCCUAGACAACUUCCCGUUCGACCGCAUCACGGUGGACUUGUGGUACAUCGAACACCGCUACCCCAACACCAGCAUCAAUGAAAUGGGGCCUGGAGUGGAUCCUGUCUUCGUAUCUAAGUUCGAGAAGCGCGGCUACACGUUCGUCCCAACCGCUGCAGACUACGUCUUCAUCCACAACGACUCAGAAUACAUGACGAUGGCGGUUUACCCGAAGACUGUCGUCACGCGUGUGGUGACGGUGAUAAAGGAAGUUUUUACCGAGGUACCCAUAAUAUGAAGCAUUUCAUUCCAUUUGUAUGUUGAGAGAAACGAUUAGAUGAGGAAGCGUAUAAUUUUUCGUUAUCUUUACCUGAUCUGCUGAAAAUUUCAGUCUGAAAACAAGCAUAAUGUUUAAUUCAAUUGUGUUUACGUAAAUGAAGAUUUGAUCGGUUGCAGAUGUUUGGUCGAAUAUUUGUUACUAAUUUCAGUGUUACGUUAAUUUUUGUUUUCAAUAACUUUAAU